CUCAACUCCGUGGGUUGCUCCGUCUCUUCCUCCCUCCCUCAAGCGGCUGCGCCCGCUACCUAGAAGGAUCUGCGCUUGCGCGUUAGAAAUCACUGUCCGAUCUUCCUAUUGGUUCGUUCUUAGGAGCUCGGGGAAGACGAAAUAUCCAGCCAAUAGGAACAGAGAUGCCAGAGCCCGAACUGUGUGCCUCGGCUGAGGUGAUCUGGCGCAGAGCGGAGGAGGUGCUUGGUGCUUCUCAGGCUCCUCCUCUCCCCUUGCGGCCUUUCUAACGUUUUGGCCCUGCUCUUGUGGCCUCCCGCAGAAUGUGGAUGACGCCCAAAAGAAGCAAGAUGGAAGUCGACGAGGCUCUAGUUUUCCGGCCGGAGUGGACCCAGCGUUACUUGGUUGUGGAGCCUCCGGAGGGUAACGGGGCCCUGUGCCUGGUCUGUCGCCGCCUCAUCGUAGCUACCCGCGAACGCGACGUCAGGCGCCACUACGAGGCCGAGCACGAAUACUACGAGCGGUAUGUGGCGGACGGCGAGCGCGCGGCCCUGGUGGAACGUCUGCGUCAGGGCGAGUUGCCCGUGGCCUCGCUCACUCCUGAAGAGAGAGCUGCUCGUGCAGGCCUCGGGCUCUGCCGCCUGCUGGCCUUGAAGGGUCGCGGUUGGGGUGAGGGGGACUUUGUACACCAGUGCAUGGAGGUGCUGCUGCGAGAGGUGCUGCCCGAGCAUGCGAGCGUCCUGCAAGGCAUUGACUUGUCUCCGGAGAGCGCGAGGCAGAGGAUCCUGAGCAUUGACAGGAAUCUGCGCAGUCAGCUUUUUAACCGAGCCAGGGACUUUAAGGCCUAUUCUCUUGCCUUGGACGACCAGGCUUUUGUGGCCUAUGAGAACUACCUCUUGGUCUUUAUCCGCGGGGUGGGCGCCGAGCUGGACGUGCAAGAAGAUCUCCUGACCAUCAUCAACCUGACUCAUCAUUUCAGCGUCGGGGCACUCAUGUCGGCAAUCCUAGAGGCCCUGCAGACAGCAGGGCUCAGCUUGCAGAGAAUGGUUGGACUCACCACGACGCAUACUUUGAGGAUGAUCGGUGAGAACUCGGGACUCGUCUCGUACAUGAGAGAAAAGGCUGUGAGCCCCAACUGUUGGAAUGUGAUUCAUUAUUCGGGAUUUCUUCACUUGGAACUCUUGAGCUCCUAUGAUGUAGAUGUGAAUCAGAUCAUAAAUACCAUCUCCGAAUGGAUAGUUUUGAUUAAGACCAGAGGUGUUAGGCGACCUGAAUUUCAGACUUUGCUAACUGAAUCUGAAUCAGAGCAUGGUGAAAGGGUUAAUGGACGAUGUCUGAACAAUUGGCUUAGAAGAGGGAAAACUUUAAAACUAAUAUUCUCUCUAAGAAAAGAGAUGGAAGCGUUCUUGGUUUCAGUAGGGGCAACAACAGUCCACUUCUCAGACAAACAAUGGCUUUGUGACUUUGGCUUCUUGGUAGAUAUUAUGGAACACCUUCGAGUACUCAGUGAAGAAUUACGAGUUAGUAAGGUCUUUGCUGCUGCCGCCUUUGACCAUAUUUGUACUUUUGAAGUUAAGCUGAAUUUAUUUCAAAGACAUAUUGAGGAAAAAAAUCUAACAGACUUUCCUGCCCUCAAAGAAGUUGUUGAUGAGCUAAAACAGCAAAAUAAGGAAGAUCAAAAAAUAUUUGAUCCUGAUAGGUAUCAAAUGGUGAUCUGUCGUCUACAAAAAGAAUUUGAGAGACACUUUAAGGACCUCAGGUUCAUUAAAAAGGACUUAGAACUGUUUUCAAAUCCAUUUAACUUUAAACCUGAAUAUGCACCUAUUUCAGUGAGAGUGGAGCUAACAAAACUUCAGGCAAACACUAAUCUUUGGAAUGAAUACAGAAUCAAAGACUUAGGGCAGUUUUAUGCGGGAUUGUCUGCUGAAUCUUACCCAAUUAUCAAAGGGGUUGCCUGUAAGGUGGCAUCCUUGUUUGAUAGUAACCAAAUCUGCGAAAAGGCUUUUUCAUAUUUGACUCGAAACCAACACACUUUGAGUCAGCCAUUGACAGAUGAGCAUCUCCAAGCCCUGUUUCGGGUUGCCACAACUGAAAUGGAGCCCAGUUGGGAUGAUCUUGUGAGAGAAAGAAAUGAAUCGAAUCCAUAAAGCUUUGUAGUACAAGAUUGAGAAACUCAACAAGAAUUUAAUUCUAAAAGCAAAAAUUGGUUUGAGUUUUCAAGUUUACUAAUUUGGAUUGUGAGAAAGCACCACGUACCAGCCGUCCAAACUGAUCACAAUUCAAAUUCUGACAGUUGCCUUUUUUUUCCAUCUCAAAUGGCAGCAUGGGACUGAAACAUGAAAAUGCCACCUUUUUUAAAACUUAGUUUAAUGACAAAGUCAUUGUCUUUUAUGAUAUAGUUAAUUUUAAAGAGAUUUAGUAUUAAUUAUGUGAGUUGAAUUUGCAGUCUGUUUUUUAGGUGUUCUGAAGAUAUAUGCCAAAAAUUUCAGCUCUUAUUUUAAUGGAGUGUUAAAAUUCUGGUUAAUAUAAUCUUAAAUUAUCAACUCCUUAAAUGUGCUUUUGAACCCGUUUGCAGAAACUCACAUAGCAAGUUCAUAAAUUUCCAAAAAGGAAGACCAUACAUACAGUGGCGGUGUUUUGUCUAACCAUCAAAAUGUUUGAGACUUUUUUUUUAAACAUUUCUGAGUCCGAAGGCAUCAACACUAGGAGAAAAUGGCAUACUAUUUACUUGCUACUUUGCUUUACAGAUGAUUUUUGGCUCUUCUGGGAUUUAAAAACACUUCUCAAAAGAAGACACAGAAAUGGCCAAGAGGUACGUGAAGAAAUGCUCAACGUCAC